GUAACAAGACUGUAACCGUUGAAAUCAAUGGUAGAAGGCUGAGAGAAGCAUGCUAGAUAGAGUAAGAGAAGAGAGAAAGUAUGUGUGAGAGAGAAAGGGAGAUAAAGCAAAGAGGGAAGAAAGCGAUAAAACAGAAAGACACGCGUCGGGUACCGACUAUCAUCCACUAACUGUUACAGAAGACAACUGCAGUUUGACGUUCGUUUCUUAUAAAAUGGCAGACACAGCUGGUAAACCCAUCAAAUGUACAGCAGCAAUUGCUUGGGAGGCAAAGAAACCUCUGUCCAUUGAAGAAGUAGAAGUGGCUCCCCCUAAGAGUGGAGAAGUGCGUAUUAAGGUAAGUAUUAUUAUUAUUAUUAUUAUUAUUAUUAUUAAGUGUCUGUGUAUCCAUAGCCUCAAUAACUUAUUGAAGUUUUGUAAAGGCAUGUUGCCUAGUGGUGACACCGUCAUUCCUUUAUAUGUUCCUCAGUGUUAUGAAUGCAAGUUUUGCAAGAACCCUAAGACAAACUUGUGCCAAAAGAUAAGAGUUACCCAAGGAAAAGGUGUCAUGCCUGAUGGAACCACUCGUUUUACUUGUGAAGGCAAAGAAAUAUUUCAUUUCAUGGGAUGUAGUACAUUCAGUGAGUACACUGUUGUGGCUGAAAUCUCCAUUGCUAAGGUGAAUCCUGAGGCUUCACUUGAUAAAGUUUGUCUUCUUGGUUGUGGUAUUUCCACUGGUUAUGGAGCUGCUCUCAAUACAGCUGCUGUGGAAAAAGGAUCGAAUUGUGCAGUUUGGGGACUUGGUGCUGUUGGCCUUGCGGUAGCAAUGGGUUGUAAAGCCGCCGGAGCUGCUCGUAUUAUUGGAAUUGAUAUAAAUGAAUCAAAGUUUGAAAUGGGAAAAAAAUUUGGAAUCACAGAAUUUGUGAACCCAAAGAGCCAUACAAAACCUAUCCAGCAAGUGAUUUGUGAAAUGACAGAUGGUGGUUGUGAUUUUACUUUUGAGUGUAUUGGCAAUGUUGGUACAAUGAGGGCAGCCCUUGAAUCUUGCCAUAAAGGAUGGGGUACUUCAGUGAUUGUAGGUGUGGCAGCAGCUGGAGAAGAAAUAUCCACUCGUCCAUUCCAGUUGGUUACUGGUCGGGUAUGGAAAGGAACUGCUUUUGGAGGUUUUAAAAGUCGAGACAGUGUACCAAAGCUGGUUGAUGACUAUAUGAACAAAAAAAUAUUGCUAGAUGAGUUUGUUUCUCAUAAACUGAGUUUCAAGAAGAUCAAUGAGGCAUUUGACCUCAUGCACAAGGGCGAGAGCAUCCGUGCUGUGUUGGACAUCCCUGAAUGAUAUUGAUGUUAACGAUAAUGAAGUGAUUUGCUGACCAGACUCUGAGAACUUGAUUUUUAUUUUUUUAUGGAUUUCAACUAUGAAAAUGUUUAUAGGACUUGCCUCCCUUAAUAAAUUCUUCAAUGUGAUUUAUAUAUUUUCUGGGGGUAACCUUAACAUUCCCCAUCUGAUUAUAUCUUCACAAAAUAAAAGUAUUUCUCUAAUAA